ACCGGCCCGGGUAAGUUCAUCACUGAUUGAUUGAGCACCCCGUCAGUCCUGUUUACCCAGCCUUACUUUCCCUCCCGACCAACGAGCGUACUUCUUGGACUUGUCGCGCUCGACCAGGGGCGAUGCUAUGUCCUCAAUCCCAACGGAUCUGCGCGCCCUGUUCCUCGCCCGCUCCCGCCCCGCGAUCUGCAGGCACCCGCCUCACAUCAACUGCAGUGGGGCAUCAGAGAAGCGGGCAGUGAGUCCGUUGGAGCAUCAAGGAACUUCAAGGGACUGUCACUGUCGGCACCGGAGACAGACGUCUUUUGUCCUUGUAUGGGACGGUCUUUGUUUUCUUUUGCGUCCGUCAUGUCAGUACACAUUGUUGCUUACUGACAGGCACCCAUCCUACACCCGCUCAGACCUCAUUCGUACCGGCACCUGCCACCUCAGAACCGUGAAGGGGAUGCGCGACACGGCUCCUUCAGGUUGACUUGAAGAGAGCUGAACGUUCCGACGUGGUAUGCUGUCAAUUAUACUCCCGACUUGCUCGCAGUCGUCAAAUCUGGCCCCCUUCGCCAUCUAUCAGUGCGAUGGCACACAUAACCUUUGUAUGGCUCGCAAAACGUCGACCAGCAUCAGCAAUACGUUCCGUCCAGAACGGGCGCGCACUGCUUAUUGGU